CCCCCCAGUCCUCCCUCCCCUCCCCUCCAGCAUGGUGCUCGCGGCCCCGCUGCUGCUGGGCUUCCUGCUCCUCGCCCUGGAGCUGCGGCCCCGGGGGGAGGCGGCCGAGGGCCCCGCGGCGCCGGCGGCGGCGGCGGCGGCGGCGGCGGCGGGGGCCGGGGGGGAGCGCUCCAGCCGGCCGGCCCCGUCCGUGGCGCCCGAGCCGGACGGCUGCCCCGUUUGCGUGUGGCGGCAGCACAGCCGCGAGCUGCGCCUGGAGAGCAUCAAGUCGCAGAUCUUGAGCAAACUGCGGCUCAAGGAGGCGCCCAACAUCAGCCGCGAGGUGGUGAAGCAGCUGCUACCCAAGGCGCCGCCGCUGCAGCAGAUCCUGGACCUGCACGACUUCCAGGGCGACGCGCUGCAGCCCGAGGACUUCCUGGAGGAGGACGAGUACCACGCCACCACCGAAACUGUCAUUAGUAUGGCCCAGGAGACGGACCCAGCAGUGCAGACAGAUGGCAGCCCUCUCUGCUGCCAUUUCCACUUCAGCCCCAAGGUGAUGUUCACAAAGGUACUGAAGGCUCAGCUGUGGGUGUACCUGAGGCCUGUGCCCCGUCCAGCCACAGUCUACCUGCAGAUCUUGCGAUUGAAACCCCUAACUGGGGAAGGGACCGCAGGGGGAGGGGGCGGAGGCCGGCGUCACAUCCGUAUCCGCUCACUGAAGAUUGAGCUGCACUCUCGCUCUGGCCACUGGCAGAGCAUCGACUUCAAGCAAGUGCUACACAGCUGGUUCCGCCAGCCACAGAGCAAUUGGGGCAUCGAGAUCAACGCCUUUGAUCCCAGUGGCACAGAUCUGGCUGUCACCUCCCUGGGGCCAGGAGCUGAGGGGCUGCAUCCUUUCAUGGAGCUUCGAGUCCUAGAGAACACAAAACGUUCCCGGCGGAACCUGGGCUUGGACUGCGAUGAGCACUCAAGCGAGUCCCGCUGCUGCCGAUAUCCCCUCACAGUGGACUUUGAGGCUUUCGGCUGGGACUGGAUCAUCGCACCUAAACGCUACAAGGCCAACUACUGCUCCGGCCAGUGCGAGUACAUGUUCAUGCAAAAAUAUCCGCACACCCACCUGGUGCAACAGGCCAAUCCAAGAGGCUCUGCUGGGCCCUGCUGUACCCCCACCAAGAUGUCCCCAAUCAACAUGCUCUACUUCAAUGACAAGCAGCAGAUUAUCUACGGCAAGAUCCCUGGCAUGGUGGUGGAUCGCUGUGGCUGUUCUUAAGGUGGGGGACUGAGGAUGCCUCCCCGACAGACCCUACCCCAAGGCCCCCAGCCCCCCAAGCCCUAGAGCUCCCUCCACCUCUUCCCAUGAACAUCACACCUUGUUCCCCAACCAAGCAGUGUGCAAUACAACAGAAAGGAGGCAGGUGGGGAUUGAGGGGUGAGGGGUUUGGGGGAAAGAGGAAGGAGGGGAAUGGUCAGAUUGGGGACUGUUUGAAGUUUGCAGAUGAGAAGGUUUGGCAAGAAGACAGAGAGAUGUAGAGACAGAGAUAGAGACAGAGGGAUAGAGACAGAGGAACAAAAAGCAGCAGUGAGAAGGCAAAGGGAGGGAGAGGCAGAAGAGACAGACUAGGCAGAGACAAACACUGAGAAAGGAACUGAAAUGGAGUAAUAAAUGAAAGCCCCACACCAAGCUUCCUUUCUUCCACUGGCAAGGUGAGGGGCUUGGUAGAGUUUGGGGAGAUCCCCUGACUACUCAGUAGGAAAGGAAAUCAAAAAUCAAUUCUUAGCUUCUUCCUUCUCUCCCUCCAACAGUGGCCAGGGGAAGGGAAGUGAGGGCAGGGGCAAAAGUAAUGAUUUGGGAAUUUUAUUUAUUUAUUUAUUGUGACUUUUUUUUUUUUUGGUAUUUGGCUUUACUGGAAUAGGAGGGCCCCUGCCCACUGUGCCCCAUUUAUCCCUUAUUCCUCAAACCCUGCUCUCCCCCCGAUCCCCACCCACUUAAGCACUUGUGUAAAGCCUCCAGGGUUGGGAAUGGGAGUAAAGGGCAAGAGGGCUACCGUGGAAGUUUCUAACCCAUAAUCACCCUAACUCAAUCUUUCUGAGCCAAACAGGUUGAACUGAAGCCAAUUUUCAUGGAAGCAGUAUGAGGUUAGAGUUUAAGAGCUGGGGGUGGGGAGGGGGGUGGGGCAGGACCCCUCAACAUCCAGGAUCUAUAUAAGGAGAGCCACUAAACUAACCCUCAGGUCCACCCUCAAUGAUACUGGGUUACUUAAGCAGAGGGUGCAGCCUGCAUAUGCCCAAAUUCCCUCAGCCAAGAGAGAGACCAAAGAGCCUGUGGAAUGCCCCUGCUCCCAGCCUCUAUUUUCAGGUCAAUAAAAAUGAGAGUAUAGAGAUCCCACAGUCCCCUGGGUCUGGUAAGGGUUAGGAGGGGUCAAGAAAAGAAUAGUAAGGAGGCUGAAGGUUACAGGGCAUUUGAAUCCAAAUCAAUGCUCUGGGCUAGGGAAUAGAGCCAGCAGACCAAGGUGGAAGGGAUUCUGGAGGGGGGACAUUUUAGUCCCCCAACCCCAAAGCUCAGGGUGGAAGGGGGGAGAACAAGGGAGCAGAGUGUCUAUAAUUAUUUUUACCUUUUAUUUUUGGAAUCUAACAGUACCUGAUAGCAGGGAGGGGAUAGUAAGUACAGUGGGGAAAAGCAUCUGCCAAGGCCAGUUAGAGCAGAGGAUGGGAAGGAUGGAGACUCCCUGGUUUGGAAGGCUAGGAAGCAGAGACUCGUUGCCACUUCAAGUCACUAGCUAGGCCCAUUCAUUCCUCCCACAAUCCUGACCCACCUGCCUCUGGACUCACCUUGCCUCAGUUUCUUCCCCUCGAUGGAACGAGAAAUAGCAGCACCCGCCACAGCCAAGAGAUGAAUUCUGAGCACUUACCACGGGCACUUUAUGGACAUAAAAUACCUCUCGCUGUGGGACAGAUAACCAGGGCACCAGAGUAGUGGUGAAGAGAUGUGAGGCUUAGAAGAGUCACAGGCUUCAGAGUACAAGUUUCCCUCUGCCUCCCAGCUGGACAGUGCCUGAAGCCAAGGAGUUGAGAAUCUCCUAAUCCACACCCCAUCCAUACCUCACCACCAUACCAGACCUCUUGGCCCCAGGCAAGAGCCUAGAGGAUGUCAGGAGAGGAGGGGGGAAGAACCUUCAGCAAAAUUAUCACUCUAAGUAGAGCCAGGAGUUAUGGGUCUGAUAUGAACAGUACUAAAUGAAAGUAAAGCCUGAGCUGGAUAGCAGACCUGGAAGGCAAGUUCUUCCUAAGAGCAUGACUCUCCCAUUUGGCCCAGAUGGUAGAAGAGACAAAGGUCUGUGACCACCCUUGAAAAGGUGAUGGUGGUGAGCUUUAGCAUCUUAUUCCUAUUCUCAUAAUGAGAAAGUGAAAUAAGGUGUUUCAGUAUAGAAAUAGACAGGGGCUGUUAAGCUUGUCAAUUUGCCUUCUCCCAUAUAUAGCAGCUAUGUUAACCCCAAGCCUCUCCUCUCUGGCCCUGUUCUUCAUCCUUCCUUCUGCCCCAAUCUUGGAGAACAAGACACACCUGACCAUCAGCACCACUCACAUUUCCAUGGUGGAAGGAGAGGAACAGAGAAGUGAAGAACAGAAGAUGACUCCCUCCAAGGUCAAAUGUCUCUUGAUCUUGGCACAGGGUAGAGGUUGGGCAAUUAAGCAUCAGGUAACUUCCCUCUACAGAUUGUAGAGAGCUGGGGCAUUAAACAUGGGGGACACUUAGAAUACUGCCCCUUUAAUACCAUCAAAUAAAGACCUUCGUGGGGGCAGGGAGGCCUUUCUCUUAUGAACAUAAAUCUAUGAGCUGAUGUCUCAUUCCCCUGUUCCUCCCUAGCCCCAAAGAGGCAUGGGGUAAAGAGGCUUGGGGGCUUAGCUCUGCAACCCAGUGGGAGCUAACUGCCCCCCCCCCACCUGUGUGUGGACCUGGCCAGUGCCCCUCUGAACAUAUCAUUAGUGUAAUUAUUAUUUACUUUGUGUAUUUGUUACAUCGUAUGCGUGAUAGCCUUUGUUUGUUAAGGAUGUCUGAGGAGUGUGGGGGUUGACAGGGGCACUGGAAUGCCGGGAAAGGACUUCUUCACUGAGAUCAAGGCUUCCUGGAGGGAACCAUUGCAAAAAGGCCAUCAGGCAGUUUUCAAGUUAUGUGACAGAGGGCAAAGAUGGCCAUAGGGUGCUCUGAGUUUUGGGAUGGUCACAUGACACAAUCCAGCACUUGAACCUGAAAAAAGAAAAAUAAAAGCAGUUAAAGAGUUUAGAA